AUGUAUCCAUGUCUCCUCACCUCCAUUGCCUUCUGCGACCAUGCCAGGGUCUGCCAGGACGACCAGGUGGUGCUGCAGUGCACGGCCGCUGCCCACAAGGAGCCACGGAAACUCUGCUUGGCUGCGGAAGGAUUCGGCAACAGGCUCUGCUUCCUGGAGUCCACCUCAAAUUCCAAGAAUGUUCCCCCAGACCUCUCCAUCUGCACCUUUGUGCUGGAACAGUCCCUCUCUGUCCGGGCCCUACAGGAGAUGCUGGCGAACACGGUGGAGAAGUCAGAAGGGCAGGUUGAUGUGGAAAAAUGGAAAUUCAUGAUGAAGACUGCUCAAGGCAGUGGUCACCGGACGCUCCUCUACGGACACGCCAUACUGCUGCGCCACUCCUACAGCGGCAUGUACCUGUGCUGCCUGUCCACCUCCCGGUCUUCAACGGAUAAACUGGCCUUCGACGUCGGCUUGCAAGAGGACACCACAGGCGAGGCUUGCUGGUGGACCAUCCACCCCGCCUCCAAGCAGCGGUCCGAGGGAGAGAAAGUGCGCGUGGGCGAUGACCUCAUCUUAGUGAGUGUGUCCUCCGAGAGGUACUUGCACCUGUCCUACGGCAGCGGCGGUGGCAGCCUGCACGUGGACGCCGCGUUCCAGCAGACUCUCUGGAGCGUCGCCCCCAUCAGCUCAGGAAGCGAAGCGGCCCAAGGGUACCUGAUCGGCGGUGAUGUCCUGAGGUUGCUGCACGGACACAUGGACGAGUGCCUCACCGUCCCCUCCGGAGAGCAUGGGGAGGAGCAGCGGAGAACUGUUCAUUACGAGGGCGGUGCCGUUUCGGUUCACGCGAGGUCCCUGUGGAGGCUGGAGACGCUGAGAGUUGCGUGGAGCGGGAGCCACAUUCGGUGGGGGCAGCCCUUCCGGCUGCGCCACGUCACCACGGGGAAGUACCUGAGCCUCCUGGAAGACAAGAACCUCCUGCUCACCGACAAAGAGAAAGCCGACGUGAAGUCAACGGCCUUUACCUUCCGGUCGUCCAAGGAAAAACUGGAUGCAGGGGUGAGAAAAGAAGUGGAUGGCAUGGGAACCUCCGAGAUAAAGUACGGAGACUCGGUCUGCUACAUACAGCACGUGAACACGGGCCUGUGGCUGACGUACCAGGCCGUGGACGUGAAGUCCGUGAGGAUGGGAGCCGUCCAGCGUAAGGCCAUUAUGCAUCACGAAGGCCACAUGGAUGACGGCAUAAACUUAUCCAGAUCGCAGCACGAGGAGUCCCGGACGGCGGGGGUCAUCCGCAGCACAGUCUUCCUUUUCAAUAGAUUUAUAAGGGGCUUGGACGCUCUGGGCAGGAAAGCGAAGGCGCCCCCAGUGGACCUGCCCAUCGAGUCGGUCAGCCUGAGCCUGCAGGACCUGAUAGGCUACCUGCACCCGCCGGCCGAGCACCUGGAGCACGAGGACAAGCAGAACCGGCUGCGGGCCCUGAAGAGCCGGCAGAACCUCUUCCAGGAGGAGGGGAUGAUCAGCCUGGUGCUCCAGUGUGUGGACCGGCUGCACGUGUACAGCAGUGCUGCCCACUUUGCGGAUGUGGCUGGUAGAGAGGCCGGGGAGUCCUGGAAGUCGAUCCUGAAUUCUCUGUACGAGCUGCUGGCCGCUCUAAUUAGAGGAAAUCGUAAAAACUGCGCCCAGUUUUCUGGCUCCCUCGACUGGCUGGUCAGCCGACUGGAGCGGCUGGAAGCCUCUUCUGGUAUUCUUGAGGUUCUGCACUGUGUGCUGGUGGAAAGCCCGGAAGCUCUAAACAUCAUCAAAGAAGGGCACGUCAGGUCCAUCAUUUCCCUUCUCGACAAGCACGGGCGGAACCACAAGGUCCUGGACGUCCUGUGUUCUCUCUGCGUCUGCCACGGGGUGGCAGUCCGUUCCAACCAGCAUCUCAUCUGUGACAACCUUCUGCCAGGAAGGGACUUGCUCCUGCAGACGCGCCUGGUGAACCACGUCAGCAGCAUGAGACCCAAUAUUUUCCUGGGCGUCAGUGAAGGGUCUGCCCAGUAUAAGAAGUGGUACUACGAACUGAUGGUGGACCACGCCGAGCCCUUCGUGACCGCGGAGGCGACUCACCUGCGCGUGGGCUGGGCGUCCACAGAAGGGUACUCGCCCUACCCUGGUGGGGGCGAGGAGUGGGGCGGGAACGGCGUUGGAGACGACCUCUUUUCUUACGGAUUCGAUGGUCUGCACCUCUGGGCAGGGUGCAUCGCCAGCACUGUCAGCUCCCCAAACCAGCACCUGCUGAGGACUGAGGACGUCAUCAGCUGCUGUUUAGAUCUGAGCGCCCCAAGCAUCUCUUUCCGAAUUAACGGACAGCCUGUCCAGGGGAUGUUCGAGAAUUUCAACAUCGACGGCCUCUUCUUUCCCGUUGUCAGUUUCUCUGCGGGAAUAAAGGUGCGCUUCCUGCUUGGGGGGAGACAUGGAGAGUUUAAAUUCCUUCCUCCCUUGGGCUAUGCUCCUUGCUUUGAAGCUGUGCUGCCAAAAGAAAAGUUGAAAGUGGAACACAGCCGAGAGUACAAACAAGAAAGGACGUACACCCGGGACCUCCUGGGCCCCACGGUGCCCCUGACGCAGGCUGCCUUCACGCCGGUCCCCGUGGACACCACCCAGAUCGUGCUGCCGCCCCACCUGGACAGGAUAAGAGAAAAGCUCGCAGAGAACAUCCAUGAGCUCUGGGUUAUGAAUAAAAUCGAACUUGGCUGGCAGUAUGGCCCGGUCCGAGACGACAACAAGAGGCAGCACCCGUGCCUGGUGGAGUUCUCCAAGCUGCCGGAGCAGGAGCGCAACUACAAUUUGCAGAUGUCGCUUGAGACCCUGAAGACGUUGUUGGCGUUAGGAUGUCACGUGGGCAUAUUAGACGACCAUGCUGAGGAGAAGGUGAAGAAGAUGAAGCUACCCAAGAAUUACCAGCUGACAAGUGGAUACAAGCCGGCCCCGAUGGACCUGAGCUUUAUCAAACUCACGCCCUCUCAGGAAGCGAUGGUAGACAAGUUGGCAGAAAAUGCUCACAACGUGUGGGCCCGGGACCGGAUCCGGCAGGGCUGGACCUACGGCAUCCAGCAGGAUGUGAAGAACAGGAGAAACCCUCGCCUGGUUCCGUACACCCUUCUCGACGACCGAACCAAGAAGUCCAACAAGGACAGCCUCCGAGAGGCUGUGCGCACGCUGCUGGGCUACGGCUACAGCCUGGAGGCGCCGGACCAGGACCACGCUGCCCGAGCUGAGGUGUGCAGCAGCACCGGGGAACGGUUCCGAAUCUUCCGGGCCGAGAAGACCUAUGCUGUGAAGGCAGGAAGGUGGUACUUUGAAUUCGAGGCUGUCACUGCUGGGGACAUGAGAGUUGGCUGGAGCAGGCCAGGCUGUCAGCCUGAUCAGGAGCUGGGCUCUGAUGAACAGGCCUUUGCUUUUGAUGGCUUCAAGGCGCAGCGGUGGCACCAGGGCAAUGAGCACUAUGGGCGCUCGUGGCAAGCUGGCGACGUCGUGGGGUGCAUGGUGGACAUGACCGAACACACCAUGAUGUUCACGCUGAAUGGCGAAAUCCUUCUCGAUGACUCGGGUUCCGAGCUGGCCUUCAAGGAAUUUGACGUGGGCGACGGAUUCAUACCUGUGUGCAGCCUUGGGGUGGCUCAGGUGGGGAGGCUGAACUUUGGAAAGGAUGUGAGCACCUUGAAGUACUUCACCAUCUGCGGCUUACAAGAGGGCUAUGAGCCAUUCGCCGUCAACACAAACAGGGACAUCACCAUGUGGCUAAGCAAACGGCUUCCUCAGUUUCUCCAAGUUCCAUCAAACCAUGAACAUAUUGAGGUGACCAGAAUAGAUGGCACCGUGGACAGCUCCCCGUGCUUGAAGGUCACUCAGAAGUCCUUCGGCUCCCAGAACAGCAGCACAGACAUCAUGUUCUACCGGCUGAGCAUGCCCAUCGAGUGUGCCGAGGUCUUCUCCAGGACCGCGGCUGGGGGGCUCCCAGGUGCCGGCCUCUUUGGGCCCAAGAACGACCUGGAGGAUUACGAUGCUGAUUCUGACUUCGAGGUUCUCAUGAAGACAGCUCACGGCCAUCUGGUGCCCGACCGAGUCGACAAAGACAAGGAAGCUACGAAACCAGAGUUUAAUAACCACAAAGAUUACGCGCAGGAAAAGCCCUCUCGUCUGAAACAAAGAUUCUUGCUUAGAAAAACGAAGCCAGAUUAUAGCACAAGCCAUUCCGCGAGGCUCACCGAGGAUGUCCUCGCGGACGAUCGGGACGACUACGACUACUUGAUGCAGACGUCCACGUACUAUUACUCAGUGAGGAUCUUCCCCGGACAAGAGCCCGCCAACGUCUGGGUGGGCUGGAUUACGUCCGAUUUCCACCAGUACGACACAGGCUUCGACCUGGACAGAGUCCGCACAGUCACCGUCACUCUAGGAGAUGAAAAAGGGAAGGUGCACGAAAGCAUCAAACGCAGCAACUGCUACAUGGUUUGUGCGGGCGAGAGCAUGAGCCCCGGGCAGGUGCGCAACAACAACGGGCUGGAGAUCGGCUGCGUGGUGGACGCCGCCAGCGGGCUGCUCACCUUCACGGCCAACGGCAAGGAGCUGGGCACGUACUACCAGGUGGAGCCAAGCACCAAAUUAUUUCCUGCCGUUUUUGCACAAGCUACAAGCCCCAAUGUUUUCCAGUUUGAACUGGGAAGAAUUAAGAAUGUGAUGCCUCUCUCGGCCGGACUGUUCAAGAGUGAGCACAGGAACCCUGUGCCUCAGUGUCCUCCACGCCUGCAUGUGCAGUUCCUAUCGCACGUCCUAUGGAGCAGGAUGCCCAACCAGUUCCUGAAGGUGGACGUGUCACGGGUCAGCGAGCGCCAGGGCUGGCUGGUGCAGUGCGUGGAGCCCCUGCAGUUCAUGUCCCUGCACAUCCCCGAGGAGAACAGGUCCGUGGACAUCCUGGAGCUGACGGAGCAGGAGGAGCUGCUGCGCUUCCACGCGCACACGCUGCGCCUCUACUCGGCCGUGUGCGCGCUGGGCAACCACCGCGUGGCGCACGCGCUCUGCAGCCACGUGGACGAGGCGCAGCUGCUCUACGCCAUCCAGAGCAAGCACAUGCCCGGCCCGCUGCGCGCCGGCUUCUACGACCUGCUCGUGGACAUGCACCUGGGCGCCUACGCCACCGCGCGGCUCAUGAUGAACAGCGAGUUCAUCGUGCCCAUGACGGAGGAGACCAAGGGCAUCAGGCUCUUCCCCGACGCGCGCAGGCAGCACGGGCUGCCCGGCAUCGGCCUCAGCACCUCGCUGCGCCCGCGCAUGCGCUUCGCCUCGCCCAGCUUCGUGAGCCUCAGCCACGACGGCUACCAGGACAGCCCCGAGUUCCCCCUGGACACGCUCAAGGCCAAGACCAUGCAGAUGCUGACGGAGGCGGUGCGGGAGGGCGGCCUGCGCGCGCGCGACCCGGUCGGGGGCACCACCGAGUUCCUCUUCGUGCCGCUCAUCAAGCUCUUCUACACGCUGCUCACCAUGGGCGUCUUCCAGGGCGAGGACCUGAAGCACAUCCUGCAGCUGAUUGAGCCCCGGGUGUUCACAGAGGCCGCCCCGGAGGCGGAGCACCGGGCGCCACCCAGAGAGCCCCGCGCGGAUGACUCCAGGCCGGAGGGUGCACAUGGGGACGCGGCCGAGGGACUGCUGCAGAUGAAACUGCCCGAGCCAGUGAAGCUCCAGAUGUGUCUGCUCCUUCAGUACCUCUGCGACUGCCAGGUCCGACACCGGAUCGAAGCCAUCGUGGCCUUUUCAGAUGGCUUUGUUGCUAAGCUGCAGGACAACCAGCGCUUCCGCUAUAAUGAGGUCAUGCAGGCCCUAAACAUGUCAGCCGCACUCACAGCCAGGAAGACCAAGGAGUUCAGGUCGCCCCCGCAAGAGCAGAUCAAUAUGCUUCUCAAUUUUAAGGAUGACAAAAGCGAGUGUCCGUGUCCAGAGGAAAUUCGAGACCAACUCUUGGAUUUUCACGAAGAUCUGAUGGCACACUGUGGAAUUGAGCUGGAUGAAGAUGGGUCUCUGGAUGGAAGCAGUGACCUAACAAUUAGAGGGCGCCUGCUGUCCCUGGUGGAAAAGGUGACAUACCUGAAGAAGAAACAGGCUGACAAGCCAGUGGAGAGCGCCUCCAAGCAGUCCUCCACACUUCAGCAGCUGAUUUCCGAGACGAUGGUGCGGUGGGCUCAGGAGUCCGUCAUCGAGGACCCCGAGCUGGUGCGGGCCAUGUUCGUGCUGCUGCACCGGCAGUACGACGGCAUCGGGGGCCUGGUGCGGGCUCUGCCGAAGACCUACACCAUCAACGCCGUCUCCGUGGAGGACACCAUCAGCCUGCUGGCCUCCCUCGGGCAGAUCCGCUCUCUGCUGAGCGUCAGGAUGGGCAGAGAGGAGGAGAAGCUCAUGAUUCGUGGAUUAGGGGACAUCAUGAAUAAUAAAGUGUUUUACCAGCACCCGAACCUCAUGAGGGCACUGGGGAUGCACGAGACAGUGAUGGAGGUCAUGGUGAACGUGCUCAGCGGUGGGGAGUCCAAGGAGAUCACUUUCCCCAAGAUGGUGGCCAACUGUUGCCGUUUUCUCUGUUACUUCUGUCGUAUAAGUCGGCAGAAUCAAAAAGCUAUGUUUGACCAUCUCAGUUAUUUAUUGGAAAACAGCAGUGUUGGUCUAGCCUCGCCAGCUAUGAGAGGCUCGACGCCGCUGGAUGUGGCAGCAGCCUCGGUGAUGGACAACAACGAACUCGCCUUAGCUCUGCGGGAGCCAGAUCUGGAAAAGGUUGUUCGAUAUUUGGCUGGCUGUGGACUGCAGAGCUGCCAGAUGCUGGUGGCCAAGGGGUACCCAGACAUCGGGUGGAACCCAGUGGAAGGGGAGAGAUAUCUCGACUUUCUCCGAUUUGCUGUCUUCUGUAAUGGGGAGAGCGUGGAGGAGAAUGCCAACGUGGUGGUGCGGCUGCUCAUCCGCAGGCCCGAGUGCUUCGGGCCCGCGCUGCGGGGCGAGGGCGGCAACGGGCUCCUCGCAGCCAUGGAGGAGGCCAUCAAGAUAGCCGAGGACCCCAGUCGGGACGGCCCCUCCCCGACCAGCGGCUCCAGCAAGACCCCUGACACGGAGGAGGAGGACACCAUCCACAUGGGGAACGCCAUCAUGACCUUCUACGCCGCGCUCAUCGACCUGCUGGGGCGCUGCGCCCCCGAGAUGCACCUGAUUCAUGCUGGGAAGGGAGAAGCCAUCAGGAUCAGGUCAAUUUUGAGAUCGCUCAUUCCCCUGGGAGACCUGGUGGGCGUGAUCAGCAUCACCUUCCAGAUGCCCACGGUCGCCAAAGGUGAGGUGCAUUCAGGGGGAUGCUGCAUGACACGGAUUAUCAGUGCUCGGCAUUGCCCUCCCUGCUACACGUUUCUUUAA